AUGCUAAUUCAAAUUCUUAUUCAGACUAAGAAGAAAGCAGUUGCAGCGGUGGAGGUUGAAGAAAUGACAGAGCAAGCAGCUUGUAAAGAGGACGAGCUUCUGAAGCCACCAAACAAAAAUGCAGGAGUAGUUGCAAAAUGGAAUGAGAAGAAAUUAGUUCUAGUGGUGGACGUCGAAGAAACGACAGAGCCAGCACCUCGUAAAGAAGACAAGCUUCGAGAGCCACCAGAGAAAAAUGCAGCAGCUGCUACAAAAUGGACUGAGAAGAAAACAGUUGCAGCGGUGGAGGUCAAAGAAAUGACAGAGCCAACAACUGGUAAAGAGGACAAGCUUCGGGAGCCACUAGAGAAAAAAAUGGUUGCAGUGGUGGAGGUCGAAGAAAUGACAGAGCCAGCAGCUCGUAAAGAGGACAAGCUUCCGAAGCCACCAAACAAAAAUGCAGCAGCAGCAGCUGCAAAAUGA